AUGUAUAAUUUUCUGGAAAUAAAAAGCUCUUUUGUGGAAGAGGAUUUGAGGGUCAGUGAGUCUGUGAAAAAUAACUGGGACAAUAGAUCAGGCAGUAUAAGUCGGGUGAAACGGCCUAUGAAUGCUUUUAUGGUGUGGUCAAGGAGUCAACGGCGUAAAGUGGCUCAGGAGAACCCAAAAAUGCACAAUUCGGAAAUCAGCAAGCUACUUGGAGCAUCCUGGAAACUGCUGACAGACAACGAGAAGCAACCGUUCAUUGAUGAAGCCAAGCGGUUGCGCGCCAAACACAGAGAAGAGCAUCCAGAUUAUAAAUAUCAACCUCGUCGAAAGACAAAAUCUUUUAUGAAAAAUAGACAGAGGUGUUAUCCAAAGGACCGCUGUACAUAUGGGACAAGUUCAUUGACACAAGAGCAAGACACACAAAAAGAUCUCUACUCAACUACCCCUCAAAGCUAUGAAAGUAACGCUUUGAUUUCAGAAAUCUCCACCUUCAAUUAUGCACAAGACCCCUGUACCACGCACUUCGGUAACUGGAUUAAUGUGAUGAACCUUCCACCGGAACAAGAAAACCCAGAAAUGUGGCCGCUGCAAAAUUCCGGGACUGUGCUAAGUUUGGGAGUCUUGUAUGCUUUCGAAAGGUAUCCUUCCCGAACCCCAGGGGUGCACAUCUGUACCCCUUAA